CUUGUUCCUCCGUCUCGACGGCUCGCCACCUGCCCCGCUUCGCUCCACUCUCCCAGAGUCCGUCCCCUCCACCCCCCCAGCCGGAGCACGCCGCGGCGGCGGCCGCCUGCUCCUGCGCCUGCGCUCGCCGCACACGAGCGGCAGAUGGACACUGUGGCUCCCCGCCUGAGCCGCUCCUCGACGCGUUACGGGCCCGUCAGCAGCAGCGCGGCCUCCUUCAGCGGGCCCGUCCGGAAAUGGCGCAAGGCCUGGGUGCCCCUCGCCGGCGCCGCCGCCGCCGGGUCCGGGGGAGGGGCGUCACGGGGUGACAACAAGGUGGUGCUGUUUAGGUGGACGCCGGUGAACGGCGGCUCGGGAGGAGGGGGAGGCGCCGCCAGCGGCAUGGAGCCGGCGGCCGCGGGCAGGCGGCGCUACGUCCCGGCUGCAGGGGAGGCGGAAAACACUAGCAAAAAGGGCACCAGCAGCGAGCUCAACUUGAACCUCGAGCUGGAAGACCCCGAUGACGACACCGACGCCGAUAUGAGCACAGACGAGCCACGCGACGUGAAAGAUAGCAACCCGCGUCCAGAAAGCCGGUUGAAGCGGAAAGCAUUUUAGCCCCCUAGCAACCUAGAAAUGCAGAUCGGAGCACCAGCUUCGUCUUCCACCUGAACGUCCGCCUGCGAGGCGGAUUCGUGUACCAUAACCCAGCAUGUAACUUGUACCAGCCAGCCCGUCCUCUUAUGCCUAUUGCAGUGUAGAAUGAUGCAUAUCGUCGAUGAUCCGCCCUAGUGCCCUGUGCUUGCUUGUUAUCAUUUGUCACUCCUGUAAGAAGUUAGUCGUGAACCUUGUGUUGGUGUGUACUGCAACGUAGCAACGUGUUAAUGUGGAAAGUCUGAUGCUGGGAGCUGCUGGAGCAUGCGACCUCAGGAUCUCAGAUGUUUGUCUGAAA